UAUUCGCUUGCGAAUCAAUCAUGGAAGCUGAAAUGGAAACCCCUCCGAAGAAUAAAGGACAUAGAAUGUUUGUAGUGAGACAAGGAACACUGGACAAUGUCAUCAAAUCCCGCGGAGAGGCGGUGGAAGCUAAGCAUCUUAUUAAAUCAAGAUUUUCGUUUGAAUCAACCCAUCUGCAGCAUAUGGAGAAACAUAAGAACAGUACUUUGAAGAUUGUUGAGAGUGCAUCCAGUUAUCCCGUGUUCAAGAAGUUCAAUGAGAAGUACAUGGCUGAAAUACAAAAUUCGAUCGUUCUACAGCAAUCCAUAGUGUCGAAAUUAGGCGAAGCUGAGGGACCCUAUGAAAUGAUGAAACAAUGGCUCGAUGCUCCUAACACAACAACUAAACCGGAAGAAUUGAAAAAGCAACUUGCUGCAUUUUAUGAGGAACAUGGCAACAAAAUCAAACAACUGAGGAAGGAAACAAAGGCACUGAGAAAGAUAAAGGACCAACUAGAAUCGUGCCAGGACAAACUGAGGUGUGUUCAAGCUGCUCUGAAAAGAGAUUUUGAGAGGAAAAUGGUUGUAUCAGCUGGGCAGAUGAAGGAACAGAAAAAUCUGAAGGGCAAGAUACAAGAGUUGUACAGUCGUCGAGAAAAAUCUGUGCAAUCUUGCAGAGGACUUUUGACAGAAGAAAAUGAGAUCCGGGAACGUAUGCAAAAGGGUAUGAUACAGAUUGCGGCUGAAAUACACAAAUUCGACACGGAAAGAGUGAAAGCUACCAACGACGCUAUGACUAAAUUUGCAUGGAUCCUAAACCAACAAGAGGUAUUCAGAAAAGACAAAAGAAAUGCUACUUUUGACUUGGUAGCUGAGGUGAACCCCAGAUUCAUUAUCCCACCAAAGGCAGUACCAAUCAGCAAGGAAAAUACCAAUUGCAUACUUUACAAAUUUCCAGACUAUGCUGAGAGGUUAAGAGAGAUGGGAUUUUCUGAGGAGACAACUUCAAGCCCUGAAACGACAACAUCUCCUGUCGUGAAACCUGAUGGUAGUUCUGAUGGGAACGCCAAAACUAAACCUUCCUCAUCUAAAGACGCAGAUGAUGGAUCAACGAAUCAAUCCACAUCCAAAGACACAGGAUAUAACUCGACUAAACCUUCUUCAUCUAAAGAGACGGAGAAUAGUUCAACAAAACCUACCGCCAAUCGCUCAGAUGAGAAAGGGCGUUUUACUGAGGAAACCCAGAGAUCCAAAAAGAAAGUCUCACCCCAACUUGUUGAGGAUGAGGAAAAACCAAAAAGAAAAGUUGGUAAACCACCAGGGAGUGAGGAUUCAGAGAAUGAAAAUGACAAACCUCCCCAUGUCCCCAAGCAAGUAUGGGUAGGAGGUGAUGACGACAAGGAAAAAGAGAAAAAUGAGCAGGUUGCUGUCAACAACGGCGAGCCAGAGAUUGAACCAGACGUACCUGGGAGGGACGAGAAUCAGCCAUGCUCCUAUGGCGCACCUUUGGAAGAACCCUUACGAAGGGUAGCUCUGGUGGAGUUCCUGGCUACAGACAACACAUUUCUCAGCUUUAAACAAGGACAAAAAUUGGUGCAGACCCACACACCUAACGAGGCAGGUCUGCUUUUUGGCUACACCCGAAAGCAUGCUUACAGUCAGAUCAAGCACGGGUACUUCAUUGCCAACAAGACGGGACUCAGGACAAUUAUUCGAAAGAAUAUCGUCAAGAACCUGUUUCGGAACAAAUAACUUUAAUAUGGAAGUGAAAAGUUCUAUUCUAGUUUAACAAAAAUUAGAAUAGAGUUAAGUUAAAAUGUCCAUGCAAUUUUUCUAUGCUUUAAGGAAUGCAUAUAGGCUGGCAUAAGAAAGGAGAAUGGGCUUGUUUCAAGCAUGUGCACCUGUUAAAGAAAAGUUUUUAAAUUGUCCAUGAGGAUUGGUGUUUAAGAAGGUAUCGAGAAAAACGAAAAAAAGUGAAUGCAGAGAGGUUAUUUAAUUUGAAAGAUGUAUAUCAUUACAUAUCCCUUUUUUUUAAAGAAACAGAACACAGAGAAUAUCAGAUUUUGGAUAUGUUAGGAAACAGU